UGACCGAUGUUGAAGGAUAUGCUCCUCAAGUGUAUAACGAAAUGUGUGCAACUCCAGUCAACAGUAAGUCAGAAGAAUUCCUCUUUCGUGUGAAGUUGAGCAUUGAAGCUGUACAGAUAACGGGCGAGGUUGUCCAUUUUACUCUGACUGCUAGCAAGCAAACCAGUGGCUCCUGGGUAAAUUCAACACAACCCCCAUGGGUGAUCCAGACAAGCAAUAGUGAUUGUAACAUUCGUAUAGUUCGGUACUUUACGGAACCCGAUAUCAUUACAGUAUUGAAUGGUCUAUGGGGUAAUUACGUUCGUCAGUUAACAUGCACAGGGGAGUCCAAACAACCCAGCAUUUCCGUCACCAUACUAAAUAUGAAACAUGAGUCGGAGUAUGGACUUGCUGAACUAAGGAAGGUUGUUCCUAGAUCCGUCAUGGAAAAUGAAGAUUACAACUACUUCGUAUGGAUGGAAUUCGGCUCAUUGUCUUCAAACGAAAUACAGUCGUACACAUGCGAAGUCCCACCGAUUAAGGACCCGUUCAGUGUGUAUUGGUCUUUGAUCAAAGGCAUCGAAUACGUGGAUAUAGAGGUGCAUCCAGUAGGCUGCCCGGAUGGGAAAUACGGCUUGCUCUGCGAUAAAAACUGCACCUGUAAGAACGGCGCCCGUUGCCACGGGUUUAACGGUGCCUGCAAAUGUCCGCCCGGCUGGAAAGGCACAGCUUGUGACACUCCUAAGAAGGAGGUGUCUGUCACCACGACACCUAGCGACCCUAGAGAGAUCUACACCUCCGCCAACGUCACGUUUCACUGCAAGGCGUACAACGUUGACGUCGAAUCUGUGUCUCUGAAAUUCCCGAAUGGAUCCGAGAAAUCGGUGAGUGGAGAAAAAGUCUUGACAGCGGCGAUCUCAAACAUACAAGCUCAAGACAACGGCACUUACACCUGCCUGGUUAAAGAUACAGGUGGAGACAUCUGGAACGGAACGCUCGAGUUUGAAAUCGUGAAUUGUCCACCAAAUCGUAAAGGUGCUCAGUGUACUGAAACAUGUGAUUGCACACAAGGUGCCAGCUGUGACAGGUGGGCUGGUUGUGUCUGUCCACCGGGAUGGAAAGGAAUCAGGUGCGAGACACAAUGCCCAGCUGGCAAGUACGGUAAAGACUGUAGAAAGAGCUGUAACUGUUUAAACGGUGCGAACUGUAACCAUGGCGACGGAAAGUGUAAGUGCACUGCCGGUUGGUAUGGAAGGAAUUGCAGCAAACCGUGUUCAAGAGGCAGGUUCGGUUGGGUAUGUCAAUACGCCUGCACCUGUAAGAACAACGCUACAUGUAACAACGAGGAUGGCAGCUGCACAUGCGUGUCGCCAUGGACGGGACGGAACUGUGACAAAUAUGAACCGCUGCUCGAAAGUCUGCUAUCCACGGGCUCGGUGGUCUUACUUUUUGCUAUAGUGAUGGCGAUACUCUACAAAACGCAGAUCCUGGCUUGCUCUGCGCCCGACACGAGUGAAGAGGACAAGAUACUUUUCGAGCUGAGGAGAAUGGAGCAGGAUCUAGCGCAGAGUCUACAGCCGGGCUGGCUGAGACGUUGGGAGAAGAAGAGCGGCCACCUUACCCCAGGUCCACUGAUAGGGGAAGGGAUGUUUGGGCAAGUCAGAAGGGCAAAAUUGCGCACACCUGAGGGAGAGCUCGACGUUGCCGCCAAGACAGUUCGCGUGGAGGAUUCGCAGUCAUACCGAGACUUCUACAGAGAAGCAGCUAUAUUAGUGGCUGUUCACGAACAAAAUGGCAAUGUUCGCGCGUCCAACAUCGUUCGACUUUUGGGGCUCAUCGCCAAGUCUAGAGAGAAGUACAUCCUCCUAGAGUAUGCUCCAAAAGGCGAUCUGCUAGGUUUUCUGAGAUCAGUGAAGAACAGAGACGGCGAAGUCCUACACGGAAACCUUCUUAAGUACGCUGUCCACAUAUCACGAGCUCUUCAAGAGCUGGAACGCCUGAAAAUCGUUCAUCGUGACGUGGCCGCUCGGAACGUCCUGAUCAUUGCCGACAACGUGGCCAAGUUGACUGACUUCGGACUGGCCAGAGAUGUCUACGCCACCACUCAGUACGUCAAAACGAACAAUCAUGGCGUUGAGGAAUUCCUCCCGCUGAAGUGGAUGGCGCUGGAGUCCAUAGAAACCGGCGAGUACACCUGUGAGAGUGACGUCUGGUCCUUCGGCGUGCUACUGUGGGAGAUCGCCACGCUGGGAAACGACCCGUGCUUUGACGACAAAGUUCAUCUGACAUUUCUCCAGAUGGUAGGGAUUCUGAGGCAAGGAAUACGGAUGAAGAGGCCACCGGGAUGUCCAGAGGACCUGUACCGACUGAUGAGGGCGUGCUGGCGCGACGUUCCAGCUACAAGACCGACACCAGAUGGGCUGGAAGAGAGGCUGUUACAGUUGAUGGGGGCACUUUUUCCAGAUGAAGCCAUUGACAUGGAAACUGCUUUCUAGAUUAUAAAGAUAAAGCGAUAAAUACAGAUAAUGUAUAAAUUCUAAUGCUAUAGUUUGAUAAGCAGCAGAUUUGGAUGCUUAUAUCUUAGAGCCACGAAGUAGAGGAUCCCAUAUUACAAAUGAAACACUGAACGCCUGACUUUAGACCGGUCUGUUACUUAGAAAUUAGAAUAGUAAUGUCUCAUUCUUAGUUAAUUUACAAUCGGAGUCCAAUUGUUCCUACGUGACGUGACGUCUUGAUUCACGAAUCAUUUGAUUACAAUAGAUGGAGUUCAUUAAGUACGUCACCAUGAACAUAUUAAGGAUAGGUCUAAUUUGUCAAAUGCAUACUACGUUGAUAGGUGUGAUAUCCAUAUGAUAGCCC